UAAGAAGAACAAGAACAAGAACAAUAAUUACAGCGAUCUUGCACUUUGUUGAGAGCUGAGUUGGACGACAAGCUUGCAUUGGGAUAUACUGGUGAUUUAAAAUGCGAUUGAAUUUGGAUGCAUUUUGUAUACAGCUACGUGUUUCAAAUUCUGGUACUUGAUCAUCUAGCGGUCCACAGCUGAUUUGAUAGUCGACUGCUUUAUCUCAAUAGUGACUGCGGAGUCCUAUCCAUUACUAGAACAAGUCGAGACAUGACUAAUCCUAUGUUUUGGGAUCAACUGCAAGCUGGAAGCUCCGAGGUGGACUGGUGUGAAGGCAAUUACCUUAUUUACCCUAGCAUUGCAGAGUUUUAUAACACGAUCAGCAACAUCUUGUUUUUUGUUUUACCGCCUAUAUUAAUGUGCUUGUUCCGCCAGUACGCAACACAUUUCAACAGUGGAAUAUAUCUCAUUUGGAUUCUACUGGUUGUGAUUGGUAUUGGCUCCACAUACUUCCAUGCCACUCUCAGUUUCCUGGGUCAGAUGCUGGAUGAGUUGUCCAUCCUGUGGGUGCUCAUGUGUGCCAUCGGCAUGUGGUUCCCCAAGAGAUACCUGCCCAAGAUGUUCAGGAAUGACAGGUCAAGGUUCAAAGUGGUCAUCGGCAUCUUGUCCGGGAUCACCACUGGUUUGGCCUUCGUUAAGCCCGUCGUCAACUCGGUGUCUCUGAUGACUCUGGGUAUCCCCUGCACCGUUCUGCUCAUUACCGAGCUCAAAAGGUGUGAGAACCCACGUGUAUUCAAGCUGGGGCUGAUCUCGGGGUUUUGGUGGGCUCUGGCUCUCCUCUGCUGGAUCAGCGACAAGAUCUUCUGUGAGAUGUGGUCCUCUGUCAACUUCCCCUACCUACACUGUGCUUGGCACAUUCUUAUCUGCCUAGCCUCCUACCUGGGCUGUGUGUGCUUCGCCUACUUCGACGUCGCCACAGAGGCCCCCGAACGAGGCCCGGUCAUCAUGUUCUGGCCCAACGAGAAAUGGGCCUUCAUCGGAGUGCCCUAUGUCACUCUACUCUGUGAAACCAAGAAAUCUGACUCUGUCAAGGUGACAUAACCUCCUCAGGGCCCACUGUGCUUGGAAAAUUCCUCACUAUGAGGUGUUCCCCAAACAUGCACACAAAAUAUGCCCUAAUGUCAGAUAAUCGGAACAAUGCAUGUAGAAUGCUUUAAAAUGAAGUACCUCUAAAGUACUUCUCUGACAUGGGUGACAAAGUCGACAUAACUUGUCCGUUAUCGCCUCAAAAUGAAAUCCCCUCACUCCCUUGUUGCAUAUGCAAUAAUGUUUAUGCAACUUAGUGUCAAAGCACAAAUGUGUCCCGCAGUCGUCUAUUAAAGUGACAUAAGUGAGGUAACAUCAAUGCUAAGAAACUUACCAAGUUGUGUUCAUUAAUCAACUCCGAAUGUAAUUCUCAGGCUUUGUUGAGGUGAUCGUGAAUAAUUCAAUUUAGAGUAAAGCAGUAAUGUAUAUAGGUGUAUUGCAGUGUUUCUCACAGAAAUGUUACAUUUUUCAGCUCUGGAUCUACUAUUCAAAAUACUCACUGCCCUUGCAUUUUCAGGCAAUUGAGCACAAAUGGUGAGGACCUUGCCAUUGGUAUAUGUUGUGCAGUAUUUACAUUUACAGCGUAGCUGACUGAUUGUUAAUUACAUUUACAUUUUAGUCAUUUAGCAGACGCUCUUAUCCAGAGCGAAUGUGAAUGCAUACAUUUUUUAUUUUUUUCCCCCGUACUGGUCCCCCGUGGGAAUCGAACCCACAACCCUGGCGUUGCAAACACCAUGCUCUACCAACUGAGCCACACGGGACCGUUAUAGACGUGUAUUAAUUAACCCCUUAGACUCAUGGGAAUUGACCUAUAGGGAGAAAUUGAAAUGUUUCUUACAGAAGAAAUAUGGAAUGCAUAACCAUGGUAGCAAUUCAAAGGGAACAGUUUGGUUAGUUAUUGGAAAAUUAUCAGACUAAAGCUGAGGACACAACAGUUCUGACAGAAGACUGAAUCCAAACAUUACAUUUUUUGUACAUUUUACUUUCAAUGUACUUUUUGCCGCAUUUGUUGAUAACGAAAUCUAAAAAUACUCUGGAUACAUUCAGUUGCACGAUAAAAAAUAUUAUUGGAAAAUGUGGGUUAGGUACAACAUAUGACAAAAAAAUGACAAGUGAGAGAUCUAAUUGGUGUUCCCAAGUGGCUUCUCCAAAGUGUGCACAGUUCUGAAGUAAUUUCAAUGCACUUUUUAUGACUCAAAGAAGAGUCUUCAACUAUAAGGAGCUUUUUUUUCCUUCUCUCCUAGCUGUGCCGUUGGGGAACUAGAGCAAACAGACAUGUAGUUUUUUUGUUUGGAACACAGCCCUGCAUCCCCAUCUUUACACAAUUACUAUUGAUUACGCAAUCCAAAAACGGUCCAUUAUAAAUCGCAAUCUGGGUCAGGUGGGCAUAACUUGAAAGAUUGUUCUAUUGCCAACAUGACUAGCUAAAUUAUAAAAUAUGAUCUUACAGUGUUAGGCCUUCACAAGGCAAUUCAGAGAAGGAGUCAUGCGUGCAUUCAGAUGCAUGGUCCGCUGCAGAUUUUCAUCACGAUACCACAAACAGGCUCAUUCUGUUCAGGAAAGCCCAGGGUAUAAUGCCAUGUUAUCUGUACAUCAAACAUGUAAUAUACAUGUUGACACUAUAUUACAUGAGUUGAUAUAGUAAUGUGAAGUGGACUCAGGUGUUUGGCAUGGUUGUAUGACAUCAGUGGUAUUAUCAUCCUCAAUGUCUCAUCUUUGAAAAUACAUUGAAUCCUCAUAAUUUACAGCCUUUCCCUCACUCAGACAACAAAACAUUUGCUAAAGUUGCCCAAUUAGCGGGAGGGAUGAAGGCAACUUCUUGUGGUGCUCAAGUUCAGAACAACUGUCAGUCAAAACCCAUACAGAGCUGUGAAGCGGAAAUCCUGAGCUCUGACUCAUGUAUAGCAUGUUACUGUACAGCCACUGUGUUCAAAUUUAGGCUCUUAGCAGUGUCAAUCUUUUUCCACGCGUAUAUGGGUACGAAUGUGAAGCGUUAACAGACUUUCUGUAUACAGUAUUAUCUCAGUUAUUGCAUUAUCUACAACUUAUAUUUAAGAGCAUUUGUAUUAUAUAUUUUAAAAUGUAAGGCAAAAGCAAACAAUUUUUUCUCCCUGUUGAAGGCUCUGGAACACACGGAUACCUUUUUGAAGUAAGAGGUGUUUAGCUGAUUCUUAUUUUAAACACUCAACCCCCUCAACCCUAGUCUUUACUGAAUGCGGAGUAUUAGAAGAGAAAUGUAAGUCAAGUCUCAGAUUGUCAGUUGUCAUGAAAAUGAGAGUAACAGAACUGAAAUGUAAAACGCUGUCUCAACUGUUGAUGAUAGUGAAUUGCAACCAUAUAAAUACUCGCAUAGGCAUAAAAGGGAUAGGUCAGUUACCAUAGUAAUUGUUUGCUGUUGAUGUCUUCAUGACGCCUUGACGACAAUAUUAUGCUGGUUGUUACGUGGCCAACCCUACUGAAUAGUUACCCACAUGAAGAGAACUAAGAAAGUCUAAACUAGACAACAAGGGAGUGUUUGCACCUGUUAUUUUCAGAAGGGAAUAAGAUAAAAGCAACAAGAAGAAAAACACAACUAUCUUAAUAUUUAUUCUACCUUUAGGACUAAAAUACACUUUUAUUAUAGGAGAUUCAUGUGCCAUUGAACAUUAGUUUUUAGUCCAGGAGUAGAUCUUCUCUGUGUCUGGGAAACUGGCCCUUAUUAUUUUUAGAUUUCCUCCUGGAAAAUAAGUGGUGCAAAAUGUCACUGGUGCAAGUGCUUAGUAAACAACUCUGGAUGGCCAAUGAAGUAGGUCUAUUUAACAAGUGGAGCAAUUCAUUAAUAAUUAUGUUAUGAAUUUAAGUUGCUUUCUUAAUUGUCAUUUUUGUGCCAACAUUAAAGUGUUUUUUUUUUUUUUACAUUACUUUUAGCCCUUAGAGAAAAAUAUAAGGCAUGCAAUGCAUAUCCAAAUAAGAGGCACUGUGUGUAGUGACAAGCCUUGCGUGAACCUGGUUGGCUUUUUCAAUAUGCCAUGAUCUGGCCUAUCAGUUGAAUCCAUGUAAGUGAAUUAAAAUUGAGUAAUUGAAUACACCUGCUCAACUUUUGUACACUACCAUUUGGAAGGGAAGGUUGUUGGUUGGAAGAGGCAUAGCAAACACUUGACUCCAAUAAUAGUUUUACCACAAGUCAUUUAAUCUCAAGUCAAUUACCUUUUUGUGGACUCCAUUUAGAACUGUUCUGUUUUAAACUAAGCUAUACUGUUAUUUCUUUACACAGUCUGAUACAAUUUGUUUUGUAUACAAUUUGUUGGGUUGUGUGGUGUCAAAGUAUAGGGGCAAACAAGUGCAGGAAACAACUCUAUCCAGAGUCCACAAAGUGGUAUAAUUUUUAACUACAGUAUCUGAAGUAUUUUGUUUAGCCAAAAAAGUAUAUUUAUAUUUUCCUAAAUGUAGAGCACAGCCGUUUAAAAGGAUGCAUGACAAAAAAAACUGAAGUAUUAUUAUUUUGUAUUGUCAACCAUUGUAGUGAGUAGAUGUAUUGUAUGGGAAAGGAAUACUGUAACAUGCAGUGCACUGUUUUGACAAAGGCAAAAAGAGCAGUGCUAGUGUCUACAAACCUUGAUACCUUCUACCUGGAUUUUAUUUAAAAACCUGCAGACAUGCAGGAUGGUAACUGUUUUUAGAAUAUGAUCAAGAAUCAUCAAGAAUCACCAUUCUGUUGCUUUCCAAGUAUGAGUGAUUUGACAAAGUCCAAAGCUUUUUUAACUUGUCAAAAUAUGUGUUUUGAAUCCUAUGACAGCCUGUGUAGUAGGCUAACUAAUACCCCUUUCACACUAUUGUGCACUUCCAAAGCAAUUUGUGCUGGCUUCACAUUGUCCUUUUCAGCAAGGUUCCAGCAACUAGUGGAUGUGUAACUGGGCCAAGUGAGUUUGGCUUGGCUCAGUAGUGUGAGAAAAAACAAAUGUAGGGCCUGUUUGAAUGCUUUCACUUAAACAAUUCAAUUUUAUUUCUCUCCCUUCCUCAAAGUAAUCACAGAUGUGAGAGGUUUGAAUUGGUAAAAGCAGUGGGGUUUAAGCUUUACUUUUACUUAUCCAAUCGCAUGUCAGUGAUGGCCUCAAGGUUAGGGCGGAAAGAAUUAUGCAUUUUCUAUUGAAACGGCCUUGAGCUAGCCAACCUAAAGCCUACAUAAUUGUAACUUAGUUCAAGUGAAGUUUAAUCUAUAAAAAGAGUGUUCUUGAUCCAUCUCUCUACCUGCAAUGACAAUACAUUCAAGUUGCACAGUAAUAUUUAUUUUCAGAAUUUAUCCUGUUUUGUAGACAAAUAUUUUGAAUGUGAUUUGAAGUAUUUUAUAUCAUUAUUUUUAUUUUAUGCAACAAAAUAUAAACUACUACAAAAAAAUG